AUGAAAAAUGCCCCCAAGCUGGUUAACCGCAAUACCCCGGGCACCUUUCAUACCUUCUUUGCAGAAGAUGAAGAAGCACAGCGGUUGUAUGAAUUAUAUUUCUUGAAGAUCUCUAUAACAGACUGCAAUUACCUUGCCAUAACAACACCUGGCAAGUGGUCGUCAUCGAAUAUCCUUGUCAAGCUGCCUAUAACAAAUGUUAUGGCAGCAAAGGCAGUAGCUGUUAUCGCAGGCGUCGGCCCAGGGACGGGGGCUUCUAUUGCUCGCCGCUUUGCUCAAAAGUACCCAGUAGCUCUGCUGGCUCGCAACCCAAAGAACUACGAGGGAGUUGUCGACGAUAUCUCUAAAGGCGGUGGAAAAGCCGUCGGGUUUAGUGCAGAUGUAUCAGAUGCAAGCAGCAUCAAUCGUGCAUUUGCGGAGAUCGACAAAGCUUUUCCUGGCAGCCUGCUCGCAGCUGCUGUGUACAACGUUGGCGGAGGCCUUUCUGUAAAGCCGUUCCUUGAGCUGACCGAGGAUGAGUUCACUCAGGGAUUCAAAACUAAUGGGUAUCCAUUCAUUUAA